UGAAGACAUGUGAAUCAGCUAGCACGCCUUCAAACGGAACAUCAGGUCAUGCCUUUGCAUGACGGGUAUAAAAACUGAGGCCAUUUCGGGCAACACCAUACUAACACACACAUUUCAAGAGCGCCAAGGUUUGCGUUGGAUUGGCUCGAAGAUCGCAGAGUAACAUGGCAAACCAAAUUCUAUUUGCAGCUUUGCUGAUUGUGGCCAUUGGUUUAGUUACCGGCCAAACAUCUUCUCGUCAGUCAUCUGAGGAUCACAUCCACGACCUGAUUCGACAAGCAAAAGCUAAAUGUGGCGAUUGUCAAGAUGCAGCAGACAAAGUCCUGGCCAGACCCGAUAAGUCUGAUAUGUGCGAUGCUGUAGACUUAUAUCAGGCGUGUGCCUUUUUCGCCUGUAAUGGGGGCUCCAGUGUCAAAUCUUUGUACACCCAAGCCCAGGACAUUUGUGCAGAGUCAUCUGAGGAUCACAUCCACGACCUGAUUCGACAAGCACGAGCUAAAUGUGGCGAAUGUCAUGAUGCAGCAGACAAGGUCCUUGCCAGACCCGAUAAGUCUGAUAUGUGCGAUGCUGUAGACUUAUAUCAGGCGUGUGCCUUUUUCGCCUGUAAUGGGGGCUCCAGUGUCAAAUCUUUGUACACCCAAGCCCAGGACAUUUGUGAUGGCGCCAGUGUUGUCCAGGUUUCAGUUCUAACACUUCUCUUGGCAGUGUUGGCCAGAUUUUUAAUGUAGGACUUAACAGUUUCAAAACUACAAACAGUUAUUUGUGAAAGCUUCUCAAAACUAAUCUCUGCACUUUGUUAGCUGAAAGCUGUUAAAAUAAAAACACCAUAACGAAGUGUCCAUUAUUUUUGGUGUCCCCAACAGUAUAGCAGGUUUUACACACUUGUUUUAAGUAAUAACUUUUCAAGUUUUAACUGGCAUUUAGAUUCAAAAGUUUACUUUAACACAAGGAAAUAGAAAGUCCAUACAAUAAAAA